GAAUUGAAAGUUGUGAUGUUUUGUCGACAACUUUUCCGAUUCUCACCUUGGUUAUCGUAUUUUUAAUUACAGCCGUUAUAAUUGCAUUAUCUGCAUGUAUUCUUGGAUGUGCUGUUGUUUGCUGUAGUAGUGUAAAACCUCCAACUGACAAUGGUUCAACGGCAAUGGUACCCACCUACUUACAAUUUGUAACAGCCAAUACCUUACCAGAAAAUGUCAUCUAACAGUCAUUCAUGAAAAAGUAAUCAAAGAAAGCAGAUUUUUGCUUUAAUCACACGUGUGUUUCUACUUUAUAUAAUUAAUUUUGUGAAAAAAUUUUAUUGUAAAAUAAAAAAAAAACUAUAAUUUAA